UAGGCGGCCCGCUGGCAGGCUGCAGCCGGGAUGCAAAUAUCACUUCUCUGCAACUGUUUCUGCCACUUCGGAUGCGGCAGGACGCCGCUACGUGGACUUUAAGCUGCGCAAUUCGCAGGGGAAUCUUUAGUGCAAACAGCCCGACUGAGAACGUGCGUGACUCAAGUUCAUCGGAGUAAGAUGCGCGUUUUUUUAAUGCGCAUAAUCGUUUACUGGCGGACUUUUAAUCCGUUGCGCAUUUUCUUUCUUUCUGCGCAUCUACUUGAGACGCUGCCAGGGAGUCGCCUCGAAAUUGAGACAGAUGCGAGAGAAAUGAAAGCAUGUGUCUUUUUAAAUGGUGACAGGGAAAAGUUGCAUGGGGGCAUCGCGGAGGAGGAGUUCUUUGCGACCAAACGAGUAACGGAUUUUCUCUUAUAAAUAAGGAAAUUGAGUCCCGACCGCUCAAUGAACAGCAGUAAUCCUCGUUGUGCAGCAGGUUCCAAGCACAUGUGAUCACCCACAGUCAAGAACCUGCAACCAUCCGUCCCAUUCCGACCUGCAGGCCCGAAGCCCUCCCCAGAGCAGGAAGCCCCCCCCCGCUGAGAGGAAAGCGUCUCCCGACCUUCAUGGCUUGAACCCGCGAGAAGUCCACCCGUCUCCUCCGCGGCCUUUUUCCUCCUCUCCUUCCUCCGUGCGACCCAGCUACCCCCCCCCUCCCCCUGCCCCUCCUCCGUCUACUCCCUUUGCCAGUAUCACACCCCCCCCCCCCCACCAGCGCGAUGGCUCGUUGCGCCACAGGCUCGUUCGGACUCGCAGCAUCCCCCUCCAGUGCAGAGACUCGCCCCCGCGGCGGCCGCUAGGGCGACCCACCCACCCACCCGCACCGAUUGGGGAGGGAAGGGAGAGACGAGCAGGCGCCGCAGGACAGAGCGGGGGGAUCGUCUGGUCCCGGCAGCGGAGGGAAUCCACCUGUCCCACGGAGGAGGGACCCCCCCACCCCCCCCGCCCCGUCUGAUCCAUCUGGUCGCAGAGAGAGGACCCUGCGUGGCCAGGAGGGGACUAUGCAGCUGGGACUGGUGGCGCUGGCAAUGGUCUUCGUCAGCUCCGUGGGUCACGGCGAUGCGCUGCGGCCCUCCAGGGGGAGGAGGCAGAGGCGCGUCAGCACCGAGGGGCCGCCAUCCUGCCCCAAAGGCUGCGACCGGUGCUCCGAGUACAACGGCUGCAUUAAAUGCAGGCCCAAGCUCUUCAUCUUCCUGGAGCGCAACGACAUUCGUCAGAUAGGCGUGUGCCUCGCCUCCUGUCCCGUGGGAUACUUUGGGAUGAGGAACCCAGAAGGCAACAACAGAUGCACCCAAUGUAAAAUAGACAAUUGUGAAGCGUGUUUCAAUCGCAAUUUUUGCACAAAAUGUAAGGAGGGCUUGUAUUCACACAGUGGGCGAUGUUAUGUCAGCUGCCCGCCAGGCCAGCGCACCGCCAACGAGUCCAUGGAGUGUGUUGGUCAACGUGCUGACGAGUGCAUUCUGGGCGAGUGGAGCCAAUGGGGUUCCUGCAUGAAGAAGAACAAAACAUGUGGCUUUAAGAAAGGCUCGCAGUCUCGAGAACGCGUGCCCUCUCAGGUCCACAGCCCAGACGCCUCCCCGGCCCCCGAGCCCUCGCAGACCUGCGCCCCACAGGUCGAGAGGAGGAAGUGCAGCGUGACCAAGACGCCGUGCGCGCGAGAGAGGAAGAGCAAGGCGGGCCGGCAAGACGAUACAAACAGGCGGGAGAAGGAGAACGCACGCGGGCGAGGACGCGAAGGCAAAGAUGGCAGUAGAGAAGGCGGGGGCGGAGGAGGCGGAGGUGGUGGCGGAGGAGGAGGGAAGAGGCGAAAGGGGCAGAGCAGGAGCACCACAGCUGCCAGCAUCACCACCAGCUCCGUCAGCUAAACUGCACGGGCCUGCUGGAUGGGGGCCGAGGGACGAGCAGAGACGAUGCCUCAACCGUCGUUGUGGAAGACGCAAAGAGGACUGGAGGACGGCCGCAACACAAAGUGCUUUCGAAUAGACGAACGUGUCUGGAAGGUGCCGGCGUCGUGCGGAAAAGACUUGGCGCGUCACUCGCCAGCCCGGAGGGGAACGCUGCUGGACCGCGGUGCCGCGUUGAGGAUUUUGCGUUUUUUUGUCGUCGAAUCUUCGUCACAUCUUGAACUAAGAACAGAUCCCUGCGCAGCAUCCGGGCUGGAAGUCUGAUAAGGAAUGAAGGCUCUCUCUCCUCUGGUCUCUGACGUAUUAUGUUCCGGUCCGAGUUCAAUCACAAUCUGUUCUUCAUUUGUUGUUGUGUUUGCGAGGAGCGGCAGAUGGACUUUCUCAACACAAGCUUUACGUGAUGUAAAGACAAUGAAUAGCAUUGAGUCGUAUGUACCUUAUUUCCUGUUGUGAGAUGAAACAAAAAAGAAAGGCACUGGAAAUCAUUUUGCGGUCGUUGAGGACAAACGGUCUUCUGCACAGUGUGUUAUUUCAAGGAGGCAAUUUGUAACAAAAGAAGCCAAAGGGAAGAUUUAAGAGAAUUACUGGCUCAUUUUCUUCCCCAUUGUCUUGACACAAACCUUUGUCAUUCGAUAGCUCGGUUGUUUGUUUCGGAUUUAAAUGUUGCCGUUUGUAUCAGACAAUAACUCUGCACAUAAAACAAGCAACAGAAAGUAUUUGCAUGUGUGCGCCUUUGUGCAUGCAAACAUGUGUGCGUCUGUGUGUGCGUGUGUUCGUCUCCACCUAAAGUACUUUGCGUGCAUCUCUGCACGGAAUGAAGGAACUCAGUGGCUUGUCCAUGUGCGUUUAGGUGUGCACGUAUGUGCUAAUAUUGGUCCCAUAGAUUGAAAGAAAAGGUUCUGUGCAGAUGCACAGUAAUAUAUAUAUAUAUAUAUGUAUAAAAUGCAGUAAAUACAAGCCACAGAUAAUCAUAUAAGAGACAAAAUCAGCUGCUCAGUAGUCCGUCUGCAACAGGUACUGAGGAUUUUGCACAACCAUGUUUCCUACUGCUCAAGCAAAGCAUUUUACACCUUUGUACUCCAAAGGCUUCAUGACGUUACAGAUACAGAGAAAAAUGUUUUUAUCCUUAAGUCUUUCAAAUGGGUCUGUUUGCUAUGCACGAGAUAUUUGUCUCUGGAGAGGUUGCACGCUACAUUAUUCAUUCAUACCACGAUGGCGAAUAUUUCAAACUGUGUUUAUCAUAAAAGCAUCAUCAUGUAUAGCGUAUUCUGUGAAAGCCUAAAUAAAGAUCAGAUGAAGCUGAACUUCACUCAUACACUGAUUUUGUUUGAUUUCAGUGGCCUAUGAAGGUAUUCUCAGUCUAUGCUAUUGCUACAUAUACACUCCCAUGUAUUCAUAUGUGACGCAUUUUAUCAAGACUGUUCUGUUUUGGAUCAUUUUGUUUUACAAUUUGGGUUACACUUUAAUAUUUUAAUUAUUUCCAUUGGUUUUCGUAACAUUUCACUUUAUUAAAAGUCCUAUUUUGUGUAAA